AUGGCUAUGAUGUGGGCUUUGCUUGUCCUGCUUUGUAAGUCUAUCGUACUGGUGGCUGCAAAUGAUUACCUACAGGAAGCUCUAGAAGUCAUGAACAACUCUUUUGUCAUAGAUGGGCACAAUGAUUUGCCCUGGCAGCUUCUAAGCAAGUUUAACAACCAACUCAGCAAGGUGAAUCUCAACACUCUGGAAGACACUCACACAAACAUUCCCAAACUGCAAAAAGGAAGGGUGGGUGCACAGUUCUGGGCAGCCUAUGUUCCAUGUGACACUCAGGGGAAAGAUGCCGUGAAAAGGACACUGGAACAGAUUGAUGUCGUUCACAGAAUGUGCGAAGAGUAUCCCGACGUUUUCGUUUUUGCGGACAGUGCUAAAGGGAUUGAGGACGCCUUUCAUGACAGAAAAAUUGCCAGUCUGAUAGGCGUGGAAGGUGCUCAUUCGAUCGACAGCAGUUUGGGAACCCUGCGUACCUUCUACAAGCUGGGGGUGCGAUAUAUGACACUUACACACAGCUGCAAUGCUCCCUGGGUUGACAACUGGCUUGUAGAUUCAGGACGUGACUCUGCCGAAAACAAUGGUAUAUCUGAAUUUGGGAAGAAAGUGAUCUUAGAGAUGAACCGCUUAGGGAUGAUCAUUGAUUUAGCCCACGUCUCAGUGAAAACGAUGAGAGAUGCUCUAGAGAUCUCUAAAGCCCCUGUGAUCUUCAGCCACUCGUCUGCUUACAGCGUAUGUAAGCAUGCCCGCAACGUCCCCGAUGAGGUUCUUCAGAUAGUGAAAGAGAAAAAUGGCCUGGUGAUGGUUAACUUCUAUAAUAAUUAUGUCACCUGCAGUAACUCUGCAAAUAUUUCUGAUGUGGCAGACCACUUUGACUACAUUAAGAAGGUUGCCGGUAUUGAGUCAGUUGGCUUUGGGGGAGACUAUGAUGGUGUUCCCAGGGUUCCAGAAGGCUUAGAAGAUGUCUCCAAAUACCCAGAUCUAGUGGCUGAACUAUUAAAAAGAAACUGGACCCACGAUGAGCUUCACAAAGCUCUUGCCCAGAAUUUGCUGCGUGUAUUUCGGGAAGUGGAAAAGGUGAAGAAUAGUAUGAGUUCAUCUCCUGCCACCGACGCCGCCAUUGAAUAUGAAAAGAUAAAGAGUGAUUGUCGCACAAGCUAUGGCUACGAUUAUAACACAGCAGAGCGUCAGCUCUUGGGAAAAGCAGUUCUUGUCCUGUGUUUGGCCUACACUCUUUUUUUCUGAUUGAGAAACACAGACUGAAAUCAGUUCAAUGUUUGCUCUUUCGUGUACUCAAGCAGCUCUUUACUGGGAUACUUAUUCUUUUUUCUUUUUUUUUUAAACAUAAUUUAUUAGUUUUUUCCAUUUUUUAAUACAAAAAAAAAAACCACGUAUAAAAGACAUGAAAGGACACAUGCAAAAAUGAUUAUACAAAUAUCAUCUAUGCCUGUUGACCAUACCAACAACAUAUAAACAUACAAACAUAUAUUUGUCUCUUCUAUUUCCAUACAACAAGUUUGUGGGUUUAAAUAUUGCCCUGAAUCAAGAUAUACAAUUUCCAUUAUUACAAUUCACAAUUGUGCGUAGCAUUACAUGAGUUUAAUCUCUCAUUCCAAGGAGGGUCUUUCAAGGAUCUUAAUCCAUUUAUCCCAAAUUUCACAUGUCUGCGUACUAAUGCAUAAGUUAGAGGCUAUGCCUCUUUCCAUUGUCCAUUGAGUUCUAAUAGCUUCCUUAAUUUGCUGCCAUGUAUCUAUUGUUGUCUUUUCCCAGUUUCUAGCGAUGGAUAUCUUAAAAGCAACCAGUGCAUGAAUCAAAAAGUAUUUCUUGUCUUUAGUUAAUUGCGGUCAUUUUAAAUGUAACAAUAAUAUCUCAGGUCGCUAAUUAUGUGUGAUACCCAGAAGUCUACUAAUUUCUACUAGAAAUCGAUCCCAGGCUCUCCUUAUCGGUAUACAAUUCCACCAUCUAUGCAUUUCAUCCGCUUCCUCUGCUCCACACCUCCAACAUCCCUGGUUAUCAGAGUUUGAAAACUUACAUAUCCUAGCGGGUGUCAUAUUCCACCGAUUUACCAACUUAUAAUGAGCUUCCAUAAUGUUUAAACAGUGGGCUGUGGAGUAGACAGAUUGAAGAGCCACAUUCCAUUCCUUUAUAUCGAUUUUUAUUCGUACGUCUUUUUCCUAUUUAUUUGCAUUUUAAGUGUUUUUAUAAUCUGGGAU